ACCAUGUCUAGUGAUAUCUAGCUAGCCAUUUGCUUCCAGCUGUUAUUUACCUUUUGGGGAGGAGGGGCUGAGACUGUAGCUCAGUUGGUAGCGUGUUCACCCUACCGUGUGCAGAUCCCUAGUUGAAUCACCAGUAUAAAUGGGGUAUAGCAGAGCACCCCUCUAAUCCCAGCUCUUAGAAGGUGGAAAGACGAAGAUCAGAAGUUCAGUGUCACCCUUGACUACACACUUCCAGGGUAGCCUGGGCUACAUAAGAUCCUGCAUCAAAAAACAAAAGCAAAUCAAUCUUUUAAAACCCACCCUUUGCCCAGGAUCAAUGAGGAUCAGGAGGAAGAAGAAGCAGUCUUUAGAAAUGUGGUCAGUUUCACUCCGGAUCCUUUACCAGAUAUUAUGACAAGGAUACUACCAGACCUAUCAGCUUUUACCUGUCAACGCUGGAGGAACUCCUGGCCUGGACCCCCCUCAUGGAAGAUGGCUUCAAUGUGGCCCUGGAACCUCUAGAGUGUCGCCAGCCUCCACUUAGCAGCCCCAGGCCCCGGACUCUGCUUUGCCAUGACAUGAUGGGCGGUUACCUGGAGGACAGGUUCAUUCAGGGCUCAGGGGUGCAGAACCCCUACUCCUUCUACCACUGGCAGUACAUCGACAUCUUCGUGUACUUCAGCCAUCACACCGUCACCAUCCCCCCAGUGUGCUGGACCAAUGCCGCACACAGGCACGGGGUCUGCGUGCUGGGGACCUUUAUCACAGAGUGGCAAGAGGGAGGCAGGCUCUGCGAAUCCUUCCUGGCCGGGGAUGAGCGCUCCUUCCAGGCAGUGGCUGAUCGGCUGGUCCAGAUUGCUCAGUUCUUUCGUUUUGAUGGCUGGCUCAUCAACAUCGAGAACUCUCUGAGUCCAGCUGCCGUGAAGAACACACCUUUAUUUCUCCAGUACCUGACGGCACAGCUCCAUCAGGAGGUCCCUGGAGGUCUGGUGCUGUGGUACGACAGUGUGGUACAGAGUGGGCAGCUCAAGUGGCAGGACGAACUGAAUGAACAGAACAGGGUCUUCUUCGACUCCUGUGAUGGCUUCUUUACCAACUAUAACUGGCGGGAGGACCACCUGCAGCGGAUGGUGGCACAGGCCGGGGAGCGCCUGGCCGACGUGUACGUGGGCGUGGAUGUGUUUGCUCGGAGCAAUGUGGUCGGUGGCCGUUUUGAUACUGACAAGUCCCUGGAGUUGAUCCGCAAGCAUGGCUUCUCGGCAGCGCUGUUUGCUCCUGGGUGGGUGUAUGAGUGUCUGGAGAAGAGCGACUUCUUUCAGAACCAGGACAAGUUCUGGAGACUGCUGGAGCGCUUCCUGCCCACACACAGUAUCUGCUCCCUGCCCUUUGUCACCUCUUUCUGCCUGGGCCUGGGUACUCGAAGAAUCUGCUAUGGCAAGGAGCAGGCAGUGGGGCCCUGGUACCACCCUAGCGCCCAGGAGACACAACCCCUCUUUGGUGAACAUAAGCUGGCUGGCGACAGCCAGGGCUGGGUGAAGACACACUGCUGCCUGGCCGAUGCCUGGAACGGGGGCAGCUCUCUGCUGCUCCGGGGCCUGAUCCCGCCCGAGGUUGACAGUGUGACUGUGAGGCUGUUCUCUUUGCACGUCCCGGUGCCACCCAAGGUUUUCCUGUCCAUGGUGUACAAGUUUGAAGGCUCAACGGAUGUCCAGGUGGCUUUGGAGCUCACAACAGGGGAUGCCAGCAGCUGCCAUGUGGGUGGCAUGUUGGUGUUAAAUGCAGAAACUGGCUCACGGCACAGCCCCAGACCCCUUCGGGUACCCCCGACCAGGCUGGCCAGAUGGGCCAGCAGUUGUGGCCAGCAGCUCAGUGGGGGCUGGAUUCAACGCUGCUAUGAGGUAAACCUUCGUGGGUGCCUGCUCCAGGACCUCUUGGUGAGCUUCUCACGGCCGCCAGGCAGCCGGGAAGAGGAGAGCUUCAGUUGUCGUCUUGGAGAGCUCCAGGUGGUUGAUGCCAACAGCCUUCUGUCUCCUCUGCCCCGGGUACAGAGUGUCACUGUUUCACAGCUACGCUGGCUCCCUCUGAUCACUGGGUCUGAGGGCCUCCCCACCCGGCUCCUCCUCAGCUGCACCCUGCACUGGUCCUACCUGCUGCUCCGAGCCCGCUGCUUCCAGAUUCACUGCUUGAAACGGACAGGAAGCAGCUCUGUGACAGAGGAGUCCCCAGAGACAGGGAAGCCCGUGUUCCUGGGCCUGGCUUUUGCCAACCAGUACCGUGUGGUGGACUUGGCAGUGGAGGCUGCUAGACCUGGGCAGGAUGGUCGUGUGGAGUUCCUGGUGGAGCCUGUCCCCAGGGAGGGUUUCCUGGUGCCUCAGGCCGAGUGGGGAAGGGCGGUCCUACUCUACUCUGCCCCUCAGUGAGCCCACUCCAGAGCACAGUACCUCCUCGCCUCAAGACUCAAAGUUUCUUCUUGGCCAGCCGCCCAAGGCUGCAUGGACUGCUGAGGAUAGCCAGGUCCCCAGGAGACAAGGUCUCCAGGUUCUGGCUGUGACCUCAGGAAGCUCUGCCCCCUGGGUGCUAGGUGAGUUGCUUAGCACCCACACCUUCUGUAAUUCUCUCCAUGGGAUGUGGUUCUCAAGGAAGAAGGAAAAAGUUUGAAGUUUCCUCCAGAAAAUUCCAUAAAGGCUAUUUUUCCUAGGCUGAAAA